AUGAUAGUGAUACCAUUUCAAUUUGCGUUUCGACCGAAUUUUCAGGAAUACAUGGCAGAAUUUAUUGGAAUUGGCAGUGAACUAGUUAGUAAAGUCAGACCAAUACGUCAAAUAAAUUACAUAAAUACAGAAAACGAAGAAGACGGCGUUGUACAAGUAUUUUUAUCUGUACCUCACAAGUAUUUCUUCGCGUACCUUUUCAAAAUCUCCUCUUUCCUUGCAGUUGCCCUUUGCGUUGCAGCAUAUAGUUGGUAUGUAGCUAUAAACUAUACUACCAUGGCUAAUCUAACGGCAAUAUACAACACUAGCUGUUUUUGGGCAUAUAUUUUCUCAGUAUUUUUACUGGGUGAAUCAAUAAAAAUAGAAAAAGUUGGCUCCGUAUUUUUAAGCAUCGCAGGUGUUAUAAUCAUGACGAUGAAUCAAAAGGAUCAAACGCCGGGAUGGGGGGACUCUGAGAUAGGUGGCAAUGGCAUCAUUUUUACAGGAGAUUUAAUUGCUUUGUUUGGAGCAGUCACUUAUGGGUUAUAUGAGGUGCUAUAUAAGAAGUAUGGAAGUCCACCAAUUCCUUCGAUUGCAUUUUCAAACACUAUCACAGGUUUAAUUGGUGUAUUCACCUUAAUUUUUCUAUGGGUGCCCAUUCCCAUAUUACACUAUAUGGGAAUAGAAGAGUUUUGUCUUCCAGAUAUGAAGACUUUUGGUUAUAUUCUAUUCAUGGCUUCAUUCGGAGUUAUUUUCAAUGCAUGUUUUAUGUUAGUAAUUGCUUUAACAUCACCUGUCUUUGCCUCUGUUGGGUUAAUGCUGACUAUUCCUAUAGUAGCAUUUGUAGAUGCGCUGGUAAUUAAAUCCCCGUUAAGUGCAAAUACAAUCGUUGGUGGUUUGUGCAUAUUAAUAUCAUUUGUUUUAUUAAGCUGGAAAAGUAUCAUAAAUGAGAUAGAAAGGCGUAGAUCGGAUUAA